AUGGCAGAGUCACAUCUGUCUCUUCGUCUGGCCCGGACAUGGCGAUCAUUCGUCAAGCCAUCCAUCUGCAAUCGGUGCUUGCAAACCCGGAGAACACUCGCUUCUCAAGCCAGCGCUCCGCAAGGUCAACGGGAUGCAGAACUGGAAGAAGCUUCGUCCUUGGGAGGCGCACCAGACGCCGGAUCAGGAUCACCAGUCAGAGACUUCGACCCCUUGAAGGUCCCCAGGUCGCGGAAGCGCCAGCUCGUACCUAGCCGAUAUCAGUUCCGCAGUCCCAAAUAUUACCGCGGGCCUUUACACCCGCAUCAACCACCACCGCCGUCCGAUCCCGCCAGUCGAGAGUUUGUCCCAGGGCCCUUUUCCACCCCACGCCUGGAACAGACAUACCACAACAUCAUCGCGCCCGACUUCAUGACCAUGUGCUACCAGCAUACCCCGCCGGGAUUCCGAGCGCCGCAAAAAGGAGCCCGUCUACGGCCUUGGAUCGGCGACUCCCCCUACUUCAGGAACAGACCGCUUCGUGGACCCCGGGGCGGAGACGUCCUGCGUCUCUUAAGAAAACCCAUCACUUUCCGGAACAUCCCCAUGAUCGAGCGUGUCACGGUGCAUUCAUUCGUCAAGGGCGCCUUGUCUGGUGGCUCGGGCUAUAUCCACGUCGCCGGCAUGGCUCUUCAAGCGAUCACCAACCACCGGGUCAUGACGCACGAGGCCAGAACGAACGAAGCGAACUGGGGUAUAAUCAAGGGCAAAACAGUCAGCAUGACCGUGGAUCUGAAGGGCGAGGACAUGUACCACUUUCUCGGCAAACUGAUCAACGUGGUGUUGCCGCGCAUCAAAGAUUGGAACGGUGUGAGAGCCACCACAGGAGAUAACAGUGGGAACCUCACUUUUGGUCUCGAUCCUGAAUCCGUCGCCACCUUCCCCGAGAUCGAGACAAAUUAUGAUGCCUACCCGGGCAAGAUGAUUCCGGGUCUACAUAUUACCAUUCACACCACGGCCACCUGUGAUAAAGAUGCACGAUUGCUUCUUCAACAGGUCGGUAUUCCGUUCUAUGGCAAGGUCGUUGACUGA